UCCGAUCCUUAGUCUUUUACGACGAAAAGGAAUCUCCAGACUUAACCUACCCUAACCUACUAGUAACCAACUGAUUAUUCCCCAUUUCUCACUCCCUAACCGCUGGACUAUAUCCCAACUACUGCCAUUUAGAUAGUCGGUAGUCGUCCGUCAUCCACUCUCCUCCCUUAACGCCGUCGAUCCGCCCAAGUGAUUGAUGUCCGCCUAACGCAUCCCUCCGAGAGCCUGUGCGCGCACCUAAUGUUCUCGUCCUGGUAUCACCGCCUACGCCUCCUCGCAGCUGGGCUUGGUCGUGUCGGCCUCUGAACAUGUCGGAAGUCCUGUCUCACCGGAUCCCAUACCGACUGUCGACUGCCUUAGAUGCUCUAUUCCGUCUCUGACUCCGGUUGAUUUGACCUUUCGGAAACCGACAAGAAUCUCAUGCGAUCGCGGGGGAUACUUCUCACUCCCCUCCAUCGACAAAAAUCUCCCCCCUGAACUUGGGGGCCGUCGACCGACCUCGACAGCCAUGGACCCCCAACUAAAUCCAACGGGCUCACGCCUCCAAUUCAUGGAUCUGUGGAAGAAACCGUCUUCUAGAUCAUCUCAGCAAUCCGACGAUGCCCCGGAUGGCCGGAUCGCGCACACGUUAACGGCCUGUACGAGGUGUAGACAGCGCAAAUCUAGAUGUGACCCCGGAAUCCCAAGAUGCGCCCCGUGCGAACGCAGCAAUGCCAAAUGCGUCUACUUCGAUUCCUCGCGGAAAUGCACCAUCCCUCGGACGUAUAUUGUCUCCCUUCGCGAAAAAGCCCGCGUACUAGAAAAAGAGCUGGCGGAGCUCGAGAAAGAUUUCCAACAUGCCGCAGAUGCCGAACUGAUGGUCCGCGGGGCGGGUCGCAUCCGCUUCAAGGAGAAUGACGAGUCAAGGUUCCUGGGACCGUCGAGUGGCAUCGCAAUCACCCGCUUGGUCAUGGAAAUGGCCAAACAGAACACCGAUUCGAAGAGUAUCAAAGACGUCGUCCCGGAGUUGACCGCGCAGGAGAUCAAGCUGGCCUUUGAAGAGGAAAGCUCCAAGCCGACGUCGAAAGUAUACCCCAUGAUCAGUUCGAUCCCUCAACCCAAUCUCCCCGCAAGGAAGUCGACCGACCGACUUGUCGACGUGUUUGUAGUCAAGGCGCAAGCGAUGCUUCCGACGUUACACCUUCCGACAUUUCGCCAGGAGGUAGACAAUGUCUUUAACGGUUCCGACGAUCCCUGCGAGAACUUCCAGUUGCGAAUUGUCAUUGCAAUUAGCAUGCAAAAAAUGGGCCCGACCUACGCAGGGCUGGCCGAUAGCUAUUAUCUCGCAGCGCUACCUUACUUGGAAUCGUCUCUGAAACGAAUGGAUCUAAAAUCGCUGCAGUGCUUGGUUCUUAUCGGGCAAUAUUCCCUACUGACCCCCACGAGAACUGCAGCCUACUGGGUCGUGGGUAUGGCGGUCAAACUAUGUCAGGACUUAGGUUUGACCGACGAGGAAUUGAUCACGGGAGCUUCCGACGGACAGAGACCCAAUCCCCUGGAAAUUGAUAUGCGGAGAAGGCUCUUCUGGAUUGUCACGUCGAUGGAAUUCGGCCUCUCUCACAGCCUUGGUCGUCCCAGUUGCUAUUCGGUCGACCACGAUUAUAUGCGAAGGGUCAAGUUCUUUGAAUUGGUGGACGAUGACUGCAUCACGCCGGAGGGCAUCCUGCCCGGGUCCCCCAAACUCGCCAAAUGUAUCGCGAUUCACUUCUUCAAAAUGCGACUGCUCCAAGCGGAGAUUAGACGGACUCUCUACCUGAACAAACGCGAUACACCCACCGACGAUCAGGACCCGUGGUUCUCUCAGAUGCUCGACAAACUUGAUCACUGGGUGGCCUCCUGUCCGAAGAACGACGGGGGAAGCGGUCUCAGUGAAACAUGGUUUCUUGGCCGGCGAAAUACGAUGAUUGUGUUUAUGUUCCGGCCCUCGCCUCAGAUACCCGAGCCCUCGUUGUAUGCGGCGCGGAGGUGCUACGAAGCAUCGAUAUUCAACGUCGCAAUGCAACGAGAGCAGAUCGCGACAGGGUCGGUGGAUCUGACGUGGAUCUUCACUCAAUCAUUGUUCAUGGCCCUCAACACCGUUCUCUGGUCUCUUUCUUAUCCCGAAAUUCGCAAGGAACACUCCAUUGAGGAAGUCCAACGUCACCUCGAUAUAGCACUCGACGGUAUCGUGCUUGCCGCGGAGCGAUGGCCAGGCGUCGAAUCGGCCUUGCUGCUCUACAAAAAUCUUGUGACCGCAUGCCUCAAGGCAUAUACUACCGAAGAAUCGUUCGUCGUCCAAUCACCCUCCAACCAUGCCACCCCCACCUCCUCUCAAGACGUGACGAGUCCCCCAUCAAUCUCGAGUCCCGCAAGCACGACCACUUCGUUCCAGUCCCAAAACGCCCGGGCCGGCAAGUGCUCGAAUCCCGACAGUCUGUCCUCGGGAACCUUAUCGAGAGGCCCUUCUGCAGAGCCGGCGUACUCGUACACGCAAGCUUCCCCGGCAUCCUCCACAACAAUCGAAUCGCUGAAGGCGCCGCAGUACACUCUGUGGGAGCCCCAGCUCCAGCAACCCCAACCGCCGCCAGCAGCCGCGCCACCACUGCCACCCUCAUCCACCGCCACGCCUACCCCUUAUACCACUCCGCCGUACAGUGAAGCGCCCACGUCCUUUUCGGGGUUGGCAUUUGAUCCGGAGACCCCACACAAUCCGUUCCCGACCGUCAUCCCACGCGUACAAGGCUGGGACCCGAACUUCACCCUCGGCUCCUCGACUCCGGGCCAUCUAGCAUACGUCGAGACGCAGGUGGAUCCGAUGGACUGGAUGGGCAUGAUGGGGAAUCAAUAUUCGCAAUAUUUCAACGGCGCAUUGCCCACCCCGUCCUGGCGCGGACGGACACUCAGCCAGCAGGAACAAAUCGAAUUGAUGGCCUCGUUGGAACAAAACAUUCCGGACGUUUCGGCCCAGCUGAUGCGCGAGACGGGGACGUUUUAUCAGACCUAAGCGUUUGCUUUUCAUUUCCUUCCUCGUUCUUCUUUGUCGAAAGCAAUUCGAAUCUUGACAAGUAGAUAUCGGUAGGUAGGUGCAGCCAGGCUCGAUGCGCCAAGAAGGGAUCGUAUCAGCCCGGUGGGAUAUAAUACCCUUGGGCCGUUGGGAUUGGUAGUUUAUGAGACAACGUCUGCAUUUGGUGUUGGAGCGUGCUUUGUCAUUUGGAAGGGAUGUUCUUCUUUGUUUGGUUUUGCUUUCUUUGCUUUUCUUUCAUGCUUGACGAGUAUCUGAGCGGCUUUAUCUUGGAUCAGUAGUUUUACAAUACAUGACCAUUGUGCAUUUGGUAUGACUCGAUCGAUUCGGCCGAUCAAACAGUGAAUCAGAAGACCUUAACUUGAGUUCAUUGACCAUUGAAAGGGGGACCCAUGGUUCGCGGCGAUCGACCGGAGACGUAUGGCGACAAAGAAGUCGAGGCGCUUAGUCAGGGACCUUCGGGCGAAAUACCGGGACAAUACGG